AUGUCAACUACUACAUCAAUAAAUAAAACUCCGAAUCUACCUCAAAUCAAUUCAAUUUAUGAUUCCAAAUUACAAGAUUCGAACAAUCAAAUAAUUGAUUUUGCAAAUUAUAAAAACAAAGUCAUAAUAAUAUGUAAUACCGCAUUAUUAUGUUCAUUUACACCACAAUUUUUACAAUUACAAGCAUUAUAUUCAAAAUAUCACCCCAAGGGUUUAGAAAUUUUUGCAUUUCCAUGUAAUCAAUUUGGAAAUCAAGAACCAAUUGAACAUUCUAAAAUUAUUGCAUUACAAUGUCAAAAACAAUUUGGUGUAACUUUUCAUAUUAUGAAAAAAAUAAAAGUUAAUGGAGAAGAUGAACAUGAAUUAUUUAAUUUUUUAAAAUUUCAAAAACCAGGGAUGUUUGGAUUUAGGGGAAUUAGAUGGAAUUUUGAAAAAUUUAUAAUUAAUAAAAAUGGUGAAGUUGUUGAAAGAUUUGAUUCUUGGAUUGUUCCUUUACAAUUUGAAAGUUAUAUUAAACGAUUAUUAGAGGAAGAAAUAAAAGAAAAAGAAAAAUUAAUAGAAAAGGAAGACGAAGUAAAGAACAAAGUAGAAGUAACGAGUACGGAAAAAGAAUAA